CCCAGCUACCUAGCAUUCUUCCCCUCCCCCAUUCCAAGCGGGGUCUCCACUUCGGGGAGAGACGCGCAAAACCCGCGGCGAGAGCGCAGCGCGCCCCCGUUACGCUCUCCAGAGCGAAGGGAGCCUCCGGAUCUCGCUCGGCCGCCCCUCAUCGCUCCUCAUCACCUCUUCUCUCUCCUCCUCCUCCUCCUCCGGAGGCCCGGCCCUUCAUUUCUGCCCUUAAAUCCACAAUGGAUGAUGGCAAGGAGGAUGUGGAAGAAGAGAAGCCAGAGGAGAAUCCUGCGUCAGACACGGCAAUCCUGGUUCAAGAUGGAAGUGUGCUGGACGUGGAUGGAUCAUGGAUGAAGGAUAAGGAGAGAGCCUCAAGGACACGAAGGAAAAGGCUGAGAACUCGAGUGAAGAAAGGCACAGAAGGGACCCAAGACAUUCAGCCUCAGCCCUCUCCAAAGAAGCAGAAAUUCCUCAUCAUGCCAGGCAAAGGAGAGGAUGAGGGUCCUCAGUUCAAGGCGAAGAUGCUCCAAAUCCCAGGAAAUGACUGCCUAGGUUCCUUGGCCUUUCCAGAUGGGCUUUCUGAGGAAGCAGAUGGCGGUGAGAAGAAGCUGGGACUUAGAAGAGUGAAGAAGGAAAAAUAUGAGGAAGAGGAUCAGGAGUUCCAAGCGGAGCUUGAUCCUGUGGUCCUUCAGGAAUUGCCUUCCAAAGAAGUGGGGCUGGAGAUGAAAGUAGAGUUGGAAGAACAGAAAGAUGAAGAAUUCAAAGUUCAGAAGGUCAUCAUCCCGCUGAGCGGAGGUUUGCCACCUUCCUCACGCCCAAACACGUGUGGCAUCUGCGGUAAGAGUUUCAGCCGCCGCUCCAACCUGGCCAAGCACCAGAUCAUCCACACAGGUGAGAAGCCCUACCGAUGCAAGGACUGUGGCCGCAGCUUCAACCAGAGUUCAGCCCUUACCAAGCACCAGAGGACGCACACCGGGGAGCGCCCCUAUGUCUGCGGGGACUGCGGCAAGGCCUUCACAGCCAGCUCCAACCUCCUGCAGCACCGGCGUUUCCACACCGGCGAGCGGCCCUACCGGUGUGAGUUGUGUGGCAAGGCCUUCUCUCAGAGCUCCAACUACAACCUGCACCGCCGUGGCCAUACAGGCGUCACACCCUACCAGUGCGGCGUGUGUGGCAAACGCUUCACCGGGAGCUCCUGCCUUACGCGCCACCAGAGGACCCACACGGGAGAGAAGCCCUACCAGUGCCAGGAAUGCGGCAAGCGGUUUUCCGGAAGCUCGACUUUAGCCAAUCACCGGCGUACCCACACGGGCGAGAAACCAUACGGCUGCGCUGAGUGUGGCAAGAGGUUCACCCACCACUCAAACCUGGUGGAUCACUGGCGGGUGCACACGGGAGAAAAACCUUACGUGUGCACUGAGUGUGGGAAGAGCUUUCGGCUUAGCUCACAUAUCAUUCGCCACCGUCGCACUCACGCCGGUGCCCGGGGCACCGGCAUUGGUCUCGAACAUGACCUUCUCAGCGGUGUUGACAUACCUCAUGCUAACGUCGGUGUCAAGACCCAUCGCAUCAGCCUUGGUUGUGCCAAUGACGAUAGCCCUGAUGAUGAUGAUGACCUUCACAGUGCCAGUCACGACGCCGUGUGUGCCAAUGCCAGCAUCUCUAAUGGCAGCAAUGAUGCCGACGGAGAAGAGGGUAGCCGGCUCCUGAUCUGCAGCCAGUGUGGGAAAGGCUUCCGCCUGGAAUCUAGCCAUCGAGAGCAGACAGACUCGCCCUUGGGAGAGGGGCCUUAUAGUUGUACCGAGUGUGGUAACAGCUGUUGGACGUAGCGAGAACACUGUGGAGUGGGACAGCAGGGCUUCAGUGGCCGGGGAGGAUGCAGGACUCGAUCAGAACCUCCUCAUGGUUAGAAAGAGAGUCUUGUUGAAUAUUAAAAUCAGUAAUAGGACUGGAUGUGGACUGGGGGGGGGGUAUGAUGUCCAGUGAGAGCCCCAAAUGUUUAUCCACAGGUGAAAGGGUGAGCUUGGGGUUUUUGUAUGAACAUGGCGUUGAGUUCCCCAGGACUUCCGUUGUACUAUCAGCUCCUCUCCUAAAGUCAUGCUUUUUUUGGCUCUGAAGGAAUAAAUAAAACAGGCUGGAGGAGGGUGUCUGUGGCACGCCUGAAUUCUCAGAGAGAAUGGGUUUAAUUCAGUGCCUCGAGAUGACUUUAGGAAGACAUUCUCAGUUACCUCUCCUGACUUGUUCCCUGCCCUCUGCAAAGAACAUUUCUGAUGUUUGCUUCACAUGAAGCUGCCUUAUACUGAAUCAGACUCUUGGGUCCAUCCAAGUCAGU